AUGGUAUUUUUAAGGAGCCUUGGAGAAGAAGAGAGGAGAAUGGCAGAGCAGAAUCACAGCUCAGCAGCAGAGUUCAUCCUCAAGGGUCUCAGUGACCAAGCGGAGAUGAAGGCAGCCCUUUUUGUGUUGUUGCUGCUCAUCUACACCAUCACCCUUGUGGGCAACGCAGGGAUAAUUGUAGCCAUCCAAGGUCACCCACAGCUCCACACAUCCAUGUACUUCUUCCUGGGCAGCCUCUCCGUUAUUGACAUCUGCUUCUCCUCUGUGGUAGCCCCCAGGACUUUGGUGAACUUCCUAUUGGAGAAGAAGACCAUUUCCUUUGCUGGCUGCAUGGGUCAAGCUUUCUUCUACAUCGUGUUUGUGACAACUGAGUGUUUCCUGCUGGCUGUCAUGGCCUAUGACCGGUACGUGGCCAUCUGCAACCCCCUGCUCUACUCCUCUGUCAUGACUCGGAGGUUAUGUGUGGGGCUGGUGGUAGGGUGCUACAUUGGGGGUGUCCUGAACUCCAUCAUCCAGAUGACCUUCAUCAUCAGGCUGCCCUUCUGCAGCUCCAAUGUCAUCAACCACUUCUUCUGUGAUGUUCCUCCUCUCCUGGCUCUGUCCUGUGCCAGCACAUACAUCAAUGAGAUGAUCCUCUUCUCCUUGGCUGGUGUCAUUGAGCUCAGCACCAUCUCUGCCAUUCUGGUCUCCUACAUCUUCAUCUUCUUUGCCAUCCUGAGGAUCCGUUCUGCUGAAGGCAGGCAAAAAGCUUUCUCCACCUGCAUGUCCCACCUGAUUGUGGUCACCAUGUUGUAUGGAACAACCAUCUUCAUGUAUUUACGCCCUAGCUCUAGUUACUCCCUCAACACUGACAAAGUGGUCUCUGUCUUCUAUACGGUGGUGAUCCCCAUGCUCAACCCCCUCGUCUACAGCUUGAGGAACAAAGAGAUGAAGGAUGCUCUGAGGAGAACAGCAGAAAGAAUCAAAGUCAGGCUUUGA